UAUUUUUUUUUUAGAAUACUGAUUUCUAUUUUUACAAUAUAUGAGGAUGCGUACAUAGAUCUAGCUGAGUAUGUUUAUGGAAGAACGGAUAAAUGUGUAAAAUAUAAUUGAAAGAGGACAAAUACCAUGAAGAUUAGUAAUAGAAAAUACUUGAGACGGGUUCAACACAAAUCCCGAGAAUUUAUUCUCCUCUCAGGUUUCAGACCUGGAGUUCAAUUAGUCUAAAGUAAACCUGUAUCCUUCACACUGAGGAAUAUACUGGGGACAAAGGUUUUUAAACCUGCUACUCCAGCAGAGCAGGUUGACCCUCGGGUUGAUGAUAACAUGGAUUCUUCAUCCUUCAUGUUUCAGAUAAUGUUCCCUUUACAACACAUGGAGGAACAGCUGAGGAAAUCCGAGGAACUCCUUGAAAAGAUCUCAGAGAACGCGGAGCUUGAUACCAAGAAGAGCACCAAAGAGAGAUUGAAUAACCUGAGAAAGGAGUCGACUACAACCUUCCCAAUUCUGGAGGAUUUACCUAUUAGAAAGCAGAGCAAAGUUGACAUACAGCUGAAUAAACCUAAACCUGAACCUAUUGAGAAGAAUGUUCGAGAAAUUGUGACAAAAUAUGUCAAAAAUCCGGUUGUUUAUGAGAAGACUGAGGAUGGCAGUCACGGGAGCUUGAGGUUUUGUAUAACAUCAAGUUAUGUUGAACAAGUUCUCUGUGAACUCCAGGCUAUUGGAGUGGGACGGGUUCCAGGCUCCUCCAUGAGCGUUCUCCCGCUUAGUAUCCACUACUCACCCUGCACGGAGCAGGUUAAGACUGAAUCUCGCGAAAAGCUGGACAAGUUUUACGCCAGUAUUAAAUCAAGACUGAUAGUUGCCGAGGUUGUGGCUCGAAUCCGAUCCGGAGCACAGUUCACUUUCGACUUUCUUCUUCUACUCCUCCUCGCCAGUGUGAUAGCUUUUGUAGGACUAGUAGAGAACUCAAGCGUUGUUCUGGUUGCAUCUAUGCUAGUUUCUCCUCUCAUGGGUCCUAUACUCGCCGGUGUAUUCGGAGCUGUAAUACAGGACAAGAAACUAGCAAUGAAGGGAGUUAAACAUGAAACACAAGCAUUGUUAAUCUGUAUAGUGGUUGGAUUUCUCCUAGGCCUCUGUAUAUGCCCCGUAGUACAGAUGAUAUCACUACCGGAGUGGCCGACUCCAGAAAUGAUUUCAAGAGGUGCUCCGCGGUCAUUAGUUGUUGGUCUCAUGGUUGCAAUUCCAAGUGGAGCCGGAGUAGCGUUAUCUGUCCUGGGAGGAAAUUCAGAUUCACUCGUCGGAGUGGCGAUAUCCGCCUCACUUCUUCCGCCGGCGGUAAACGCCGGGUUCUUCUGGGCCCUGGCGAUUGUUCUCUUCAUCGGCGGGGAGAACUCUAGAGCAGGGUUCUACGCUAUGCCCGGACAUAAUGAGACAAUCCUAACCUAUCUUCCGCACUAUUCUAGCAAUCUUGCUGUAGAAUCAUUGGUUCUAGGACUAGUUAGUCUAGCUCUUACACUGGUUAAUAUACUCUGCAUCAUUGUUACAGGUUUUGGAAUCCUUCGGCUGAAAGAAGUUACUCCGGAGAAAAUUCCUCAGAGGUUUUCAACUUUCUGGAGACAGGACGUGAGAGAACAUAGGAACUAUUACAGAACCCUAGGGGGAGGAAAACAGCCGUGUGAACUCCAGGAUAGAACAGGAGAUGGUUUGGAUGGGACGUUUCUCCAGUCUGUGUUUGAUAUGCAUAUGACAGGGAGUAGAGAGGAAGAUAUAUUUAAUAUCAGACAAUGGAUGUCCAGGUUGGAUGCUCCUGAGAGUCUAGUUCGAGUACCUGGAACACCAAUACUGCGCCCCCCGCUAAUAAUGCGGGGCAUUAGCGCAGAUCCUUCUUACCUUCACAUACCUUCAUUUAUUCAGAGGGAGAUAACUAGAUCAAGAAGUUUUGAAGAUACAGACCAACAAAAAAAUAGAUUUCUGAUGCGAAGUUAAACAGAAUAAUCAGAAAAGAAGUUUAAAGAGCUGAACAAAUACUUAUUUUUUACUUUAAAUAUAUUUUUGAAAAAUAA